GUAAGCUAUCUAUCCAUUAUGUAUUGUGGUCCACUGUUUGCCGACCAUUGUCACCCAGUUUCAAACAGUGACUCAAACUGAACUACCUACAGCUUCAGAGUCGUUUCAUUACAGUGCAAGGUUCUAACGUGCGAAGGAAGAAAAUAAAACACAGGAACGCGGCCAAUCGAUAUUUCAAUGCGAGUACAUCGACAACCAAUUUUAUGCCAACAGUGCCAGCAGGAUCUCAAUGCUCCCAAUAUUCGCCGAUUCCAUAUUCUCGAACCUCGAUUUCUUCGAUGCGAAUACGUACCUUCCGAGAUAGAGAGAUCUCAUUUGACCAAGGUUUUGAUGGAAACGGAGAAACAAGUUGAGCAGUACGAGAAAGAUAUUUCGGUUUUGCGACAAAAGCUGGAUCAGCUAGAGAAGGAAAAGAUCGCUGCAGAAGCCGUCACAAAGCAGUGUCGUGCCAGUCUCUCUGUGCAUCGACGGGUACCUGUGGAGAUCUGGGAACUGAUUUUUUCUAUAUUAUGUCUGUCGCUGCACGACUAUUCGUUCGAUACCAACUUGUUGCCAGGACUCCCUGCCAUCCUCAUCUCCCAAGUUUGCUCACAUUGGAAGGCCAUCGCCGGCGGAUUGCCCAGUAUCUGGUCUUCUAUCAACGUCCAAUUGCGCGAGCUUUGCGACACCAGGCUUCCCCUCGAGACCUACCUAUCGAAUUCGGCAGGUUAUCCUUUGAAGAUACGGAUCGCAGGCCAAAGCAAUGCUCCCCUCACGCCACAAGGCGUUGACGUUUGGCAGACGUUGUUCAAACACAUUAACAGAUGCAGAGAGCUCGUUAUGGCGAUUCCUUCUUUCUGUUUUAAUGAACAUCAUUUCCCAUCAAUUUCGAAUUUUACCUUUUCCAAGCUUGAAUCACUGCACGAAGAAGAUGUUAUCCCUGGUCAACGUGAAUGGCCCUGGUUCUGGCAAGCUAUCCAGGAGGCACCGAAACUUACCACCGUUACCACCUUAAACUCCAAUCGCACGCUAGUACCUUUUUCUCGGCUAACCACAUGGGAGGUUCAUACUAGCGGGCCUUCGGAAGUAUGCGAGCUCUUCGAUGCCUUGCGGAGCUGUGACUGUCUUGUUUCCCUUACAUUACCAGCGAUCUGGAGUAAUUCUAAAUACAAUGUUGCAUUAUCGCUUCCAACGGUCGAGUUACCUUCUCUUCGACGGUUUUCCGCCAUCGCUUAUCGGGACCAGUGCGGUUGGUUAUCCACUAUUGUCGAAUCCCUUAUCAUGCCUCUCCUCGAAACAUUACGCAUCGAAUACAGGCAAUUGGAUCUACCUGGAACAGGACCCCUGUUAAUAGGGCCAGAUGCCUGACCCGGUUCCGGAUAAAAUUGGGGGGGGGGUUUUGAAAUCCCUGGCCCCCAUCCGGAUAAAACAAGCCAAAAUUUCGCCGAUCCCUGGUCCAGCUUUCCGGAUAAAGACAAGGGGUCCGGCCUAUGCCUGACCCCGUCCGGAUAAAAGUGAGACGGCUAGCUGUGACCGGUGACCGCCGGACGGGAGGGUAGACAGUGGGUACCCUCAUGUAGGCUCAGUCCGCAUUGGCCGAUAUCUUAUCGUGGGAGUUGGGACGGGGGUCGAACGAAAACUUCGCUGGACAGCUCGUGAUCCAGCUCCGGGUGGCAGAAAUGGUGUCGUUGAUGGAGAGAAGGCGAAUGGUCCAAUGGCAGGAAAUUCUGCAAAUGCUGCAUUGUCCGCC